AUUUUUGAAAUGAAAUCUCAGCCAUUCUAUCUAAUGAAUAUUGAUUAUUUAUGUUUGAGUUGAAUAAUCUAAAAACAAUAGCAUAGAGUGAUUGGUUUCUUGGAAAUAAAAAUUUUAGAUCAUUAUGAUCAUGUAUUAGGUAAAUAGGGGUCUCCAACAUUUUUAUUAACUAGAAGAUGUUGAGAUUGGAUUGUUAUAGUGUUAAAAUUCUAAAAAAAUGAAAUGACUAAAG